UGCGCAGUGGCGGAGGCUCGGCUGCUCUGUUCCCGCCUGUUCUUGCUAUAGCCCAGGCUGAGUGUAGCUCCGAGCUCAAUGGAGACGUUUGACCCCGCCGAGCUGCCUGAGCUGCUUAAAAUUUAUUACCGGAGGCUCUUUCCCUACGCUCAGUACUAUCGCUGGCUCAACUAUGGAGGAGUGAUAAAGAAUUACUUUCGAAACCGUGAAUUUUCCUUCACAUUGAAAGAUGAUAUUUACAUUCGCUACCAAUCCUUCAGCAACCAGAAGAAUCUGGAAAAGGAGAUACAGAAAAUGAAUCCAUACAAGAUUGAUAUAGGUGCCGUAUAUUCCCACAAACCCAGUCAACACAAUACAGUGAAGCUGGGGGUUUUCCAGGCUCAGGAAAAAGAACUGGUGUUUGAUAUUGACAUGACAGACUAUGACGACGUGAGAAGAUGCUGCAGUUCUGCAGACAUAUGUUCUAAGUGCUGGACCCUCAUGACAAUGGCCAUAUACAUCAUCGACCGGACAUUGAAGGAGGACUUUGGAUUUAAGCAUCGUCUCUGGGUAUAUUCUGGAAGGAGAGGUGUUCAUUGUUGGGUCUGUGAUGAAAGAGCUAGAAAAUUGUCCUCUACCGUACGUUCUGGAAUAGUUGAGUAUUUGAGUCUUGUAAAGGGUGGUCAAGAUGUUAAAAAGAAAGUACACCUAAGUGAAAAAAUUCACCCUUUUGUCAGAAGAUCUGUAAACAUAAUUAAAAAAUACUUUGAAAAAUAUGCCUUGGUUGAUCAAGAUAUUCUUGAAAAUAAAGAAAGCUGGGAUAAGGUUUUAGCUCUUGUUCCUGAAACAAUUCAUGAUGAACUUCAACAAAACUUCCAAAAGUCUCACAAUUCACAUCAGCGUUGGGAGCAUUUGAAGAAAGCAGCUAGCAAAUAUCAGAGUAACACGAAAAAUGAAAAAUGUGGACCCUGGCUAUGGGAGAUUAUGGUCCAGUACUGUUUUCCACGGCUGGAUAUCAAUGUUACCAAAGGAAUCAAUCAUUUACUGAAGAGCCCUUUUAGUGUUCAUCCUAAAACAGGUCGCAUUUCUGUGCCUAUUGAUUUGCAGAAAGUUGAUCAGUUUGAUCCAUUUACUGUUCCAACCAUAAGCUCUAUCUGCCAUGAAUUGGAUGCCUGUUCCACUAACGAAGAGGACAAAGAGGAGAAUGAAGCUGAAUCUGAUACCAACCAUAGAACCAGAGAUUAUAAGAAGACCAGUCUAGCACCUUAUGUGAAAGUCUUUGAACAGUUUCUGGAAAACUUGGACAUAUCCCGAAAAGGAGAACUUCUCAAGAAGAGCGAUCUACAGAAAGAUUUCUGAAGAUAACUCCCUUCAAACUAAUGUGGAUACCUUCUACCUUUAAUUAAGAAUCAAAUACCUUAGCCGGGCGUUGUGGCGGGCGCCUGUAGUCCCAGCUGCUUGGGAGGCUGAGGCAAGAGAAUCGCUCUAAGCCCAAGAGUAGAGGUUGCUGUGAGCCGUAUGAUGCCACGGCACUCUACCAAGGGCGGUACAAUAAGACUCUGUCUCUACAAAAAAAAAAAAAGAAUCAAAUACUUAUAGAACACUUAAUUAAUACAGAAGAACCAUGUAUGUGUAUUAAUGCUAAAGUAAAAAUGUCUUUUUUUGAGAAAUAAUCGAUUUGAAAAGAUUUCCUGAGACCACCAAAAAAGUGUGCCAAGAUACUUAGAGCAACAAAAAGAAUAAGUGGAUUGCAGAUAAUGUUGUAAAAUUUAAUAUUAUACAAAGAUAAUUCUAAGAUUUCUUACGUACUCAGUUCUACCAGUAGCUGUAUAGAGGUAAGUGAGUAGUUAAUAUGCCCAAGACUAUUGGCUCAGCUCACUGGAUACAAGCUCCAUAUAUCUCGGUGAAUCGGAGCUUUGUCACUUAAUUAUACCUGGAGCAUAUAUUCAGUCACUUCCUAGUUUUGCUUGCUGAUAUUUUUAUUGGUCAGGCCACAUUCUACUGCCAACUUUUAAAAAUCAUUUUAAAUUAAGCAUCUAAACCCACCCAACUUCCAAAGAUAAGUUACUAGAUUAACACCAGGCCUCCUAGGAGUGCAACUGCUACAAUUGUGACCCUACCUUUUCCCUCAGAUAGUGAUUAGUCUAAUGUGAAGCAGCUUAGUAAAAAAUAACCAACUUCACCAAAAUAUAACCUGUUACACUUGUCAAAACACUUGGGCUUUUUACAUAUUUAGGCCCUUAAAUUUUAAAAUUUUUUCUUGUGUGUGAUAUUGUGUGGAUUCUACUGUGUCAUAUUUCUCUUGCCUACUUUUACAACUAAGGUAAACAAAACAGUCACAGUACUUGACAUUCUGUCUUCUGAGAAGGACUGAGACAGAAGCUGUCAAGCUGGUGGUUUCCUUGACUUAGUGAAAAUUUUCCUGCCUUGGCAUUUCCAUCUACAUUGUUUCUUCUUUUAUCUUUUGGUUUAUAUAAGACAGACUCUGUUAUGCAGCCAUCACAUCACAUCAAAAUGCUUUGUAUUUCUUUCUCUUUUCCUGUUGUUUAAGAAAAAUAUUAAAGGCAAAUAUGAAAGUGCAAAACUCA